UAUUGCAACAUACUCAAAUCUGUGACACCAUUUGUAGAUUAUAUUCACGAUUGAUGAUGAAAACCAGCUCCACAAGGUCAGAAACAGAAUUUGUAAUGUACAGCUAGUUCAGAUCAGUUAUUUUAGCUUGAAUAACAAAGAAACAAAGGAAAAAGCUCCUAGGAUUAGCUUUUUUUGUUUGUUAGCGGAAUUCUCAACAACAGAACAAAAAACGGUACAGUUAUAAGAAAACGCUCAAGGACUUUUAAAUUUUAGCCAAUGUCAAACCACUCAUCUUAAAACGUCCACAGUGUCAUGAUUGGUUGGAAUGUUAUAGGUCAGAGUGAAGACAAUUCUACUUGUGUGCGUGGUAUGUAACUGAUCCGGUUCAAUUGCCUUUUGGAUAAUUUGCGUGCUUGAGUUUGUCAGACAUGCCCUGUUCAGCGAUAUUUUUGACAGCAAUGCAAAACAUAUGGAAAAUGUCGUCGACUAAAAUCUCAAGUCUUGUUACAGCUCCAUUAGCAGGCAGGCAAACACACAAAACACUCGCUCCUCUGGCUUAUGAAUUAAUUUUGGAUGAAAAAACAAACAAGACUUGUACAUUUUCAACUUCUUACCAGCCAGACAUGGUCGUUAAUGUAUAUUCCAACUUAACUUGAAAUAAAAAAACAUCUUUCUCUCAUGUUGUCAGUUCGAAGCCUGCAAAAACAGAAAAGCAGUGAAACAGGCUGUUGUGUUUGGUUACAUACUUGAAUUAAAGUUUCCUGUGGUGGGAACUCUUCUUAUAUGACACUGACAUAAUCUACACAUUCCAGCCUGUCAAGUCAUCGUAUAUAAAAGCUGCUCGUCUUCUUUCGUUCAGGAUUUAAGCAUCUCAACUGCAAAGAUGGCAUUUGCUGUUCACUUGUUGUUCCUCCUUUGUGGCAUCAAUGGACUAUUGACUGGAGUUUGGUCUUUUCCUGUACACCAUUGGAAAAACAUUAACUGUCCUAGCGCAGACUGGGUUCAGGUGGACUGUUAUUGUUUCCUCUACCAAGACACCGCAGCGAAUUUUGCAGAUGCAGAGGCUGCUUGCAUUGAUUUAGAUGCUAACCUUGCCUCUAUCCGCAACAAUGCGGAAAAUGCGAUCAUUCGUCAACUGCUUGUCAGUGAUACUGCAAUGAAAGCCUGGAUUGGACUCCAUGAUGCAAUUCAGGAUGGUGACUUUAUAUGGACUGAUGGCUCAUUUGAUAAUUUCCGGAAUUUUGAUUCCAUGAAUUCGGAGCCUAAUGACACUGGUGAUUGUGUAGAAAUAAACGAUGACGGACUUUGGCAGGAUGAAAACUGUACAACCCAUAACACAUAUGUUUGCCUCCAAAAUUUGUGCAAUGGCGGGAAUCGUGACAAUCCAGACAAUUGUUCUGAGGGAACAACAACGUGGUAGAUUGGAUCGAGCACUCAGUGCUCGACUGUGUUGGUCUGUCUGUAUUGGAGAUGCAGGGAUAGUGUGGUGGGGUCUGUGAGGAGUCGUGAUGGAGCACCCAGUAAAGAUCGGCUCGUACUGCA